UACAAUGUUUUCAAGAAACACUUGAAAAUAAUGCUUUACUUGGAUUGUUUUCUUAUUUAGUUAAACAACCUUGUUUUAAUCAAUUACGAACCAAAGAACAGUUAGGUUACAUCAUUAAUUCACAAGUAUGGCGUUCAUAUGACGUACAAGGUUUUAGUGUUACUGUCCAAUCAGCCAGAGAACUUGAUCAUAUUAAUCAACGUAUUGAAUUAUUUAUUGAUUCGAUAAGAGAUUAUAUCACAACAAUGUCUGAUGAACUAUUUAAAAAACAAUGUGAAGGUUAUGUCGUUAAAAAAGUGGAAUUACCAAAAAACAUGCAUGAUCAAGGAAAUCAAUUUUGGAAUGAAAUAAUUAAUCAUCAAUUUUGUUUCGAUCGUCUUCCACGUGAAGCUGAAAUCAUAACAACAUUAAAACGUGAUGAUUUACUUCGUUUCUAUGAUCAUUACAUAUCAUCACGUUCAAUUUAUCGACGUAAAUUAUCUGUUCAUGUUAGUCCAUCUUCAUUUGCACUUCAAAUGCAAACUAAUGAAACAAAUACUGUCAAAAAUAAAGAUGAAUUAACAGAUAUUAUUCAUGGAGAAUCGUCUUCAAUUAUUAAUGAAGGAGAUGUUGCUGUAACCACUGAAACAAGUUAUGAGACAAUUCAAUCAACUGAACAACCACCUAUUAUUGAUAAAUCAACUGAAACGGAACCUAUUGUAGCUAAACAAGAGAUUGAUUUACCAGAGUUUGAAUGGAUUGACAAUGUUCAUAUAUGGAAAAGCAAAUUGUCAUGUUAUCCACUUGCUCAAUCAUAUGAAAAACUUGAUGUACCUGUUCUUUAUAAAUUAUAA